AUGGCGGAUUCCAGUUCUCUGGCUGCGUGGCACACACCCAGCAAUCUGCUCUACGUCAACUGCCUCUUGGAUGUGAACAGCGGAGAGUGGAUGUCGCCCAGUACCGCUAGCCACUUCAAAGGGAAGCGUAAAAAGGACAUCCUGAAGUAUAAGUGCAUCAUCCGGAAACACAAUCGCACUGCUGUGGAGUGCCAGAAAUGCCAAGGGACCAUCGGCAAGAACGGCGUAAUUGUCGGCAUUCCAGUUAAGAGCAUACGUGGACCAUACGGCUUUAUUUCACUUUGGAGACACGUAAAUUGCGCCGUUCCAGCACUGGUGUGUAUCCUAGAGCUUAAUAGCUUAAAGUCAUCGCAAACAACUACUCAACAGGACAAUGUAGCUGACACUCAUAAAGAAAGUGAAGCAGCGUCAACGAGUGGCGAGGAUUCUACGGCACCUGGCCCCAAGACUAGGCGAGGCAGGAAGCCUAAGGCAGAAGCGGCUACCACGAAUGAGACGGAAACCAGCAGUGCUGAUGCUCCGAACUCUGGUGGUGCCAAAACCAAAGGCAAAAAUGCAAAAGGGAAGGCAGCUAAAACGGCAAAGGAUGAAGCCGCUGAUAAAGACCAAUCUAAGGGGACAGACACGAAAGAUGAAGGGACGGAGCAAAAUGAUCCCCUUCUGGCUCACCUUAUCGAGCAUGCGUAUGGGUUCGAUGGACUUGGAGCCUUGCAGAAAACUAUCGUCACAACGAUAAGGGCAGUAAUGGAAAAUCCGGACGAGUUGGACGAGGAGUUCGAGAUCUGGGACGCAGUUGAGACAGCAACGAGAAUCCCGAAGCUGGAGACCCUACCGCAACCUCCCGAGUUGCUGGUGCCGUUGUUGCCGUUUCAGAGGGACGGAGUCACGUGGAUGUACCACCAAGAAAAGGGACCUGUAAAAGGGGGAAUCUUGGCCGACGAAAUGGGUAUGGGCAAAACCAUACAAACGAUUGCCCUUUUGAUCGCUGCAAAGCGAGAUGCAUUGUUAGCGCAACAGAAGUCGACAGCAAUAGAACCGGGCGAUAAAUGGGCCGGAAAGUCAACGUCAACUAAAAGAAGUGUCUCCAAUAGUAAAGACACGCCAGAGGGAGAAUCGCAAGUGACUUACAAGCCGGAAAGUAAACCUGACAAGAAAGGCAAAAAAGAAAAGAAGUCGGACAAAAAGGAUUCUAAGAACAUAUCCAUGCUUAAUCGCCGAGGGUGUACGCUUAUAGUGUCACCUCUUGCGGCGCUCCUGCAGUGGUACAACGAAAUCAAAUCCAAGGUGACAGAUGGCUAUUUGUCGGUGCUUCUUUACCAUGGGCCACACCGGAAGAGCCUGACCCAUGUGUUGCAUGAAUAUGAUGUGGUUCUCACCACCUAUGCAAUAGUGGAAGCUGAGUUCAGAAAAGUGCAAAAUAAGAAGAAGGUAGCGUGUGAGUACUGCGGCCGGAUGUACCUUCAUAAAACGCUCGUCUUGCACCAGAGAUACUUUUGCGGACCCACUGCGGUACGUACGGAGAAGCAACGACUUAGUGAACGGAAGGCUGAUUCCGGUUCAAUCGUUUUGAAGAUUCACGCCAGGCUGUUCCCUGACAUCAAGAAAGCGGUAGACGAGAUCAACGCCAAAAAGGACGAAUCUGAAAAUGAAGAAGAGGGAGAGGACGAUUCGUCUGGAUCACAGAAACGGCAGAAAGUUGAGGUGGAAGAGGAGGAGGAUGCCGAGGACGAGGGCUGCUAUGGAGCCAAGCUGCUGAAAAUUGAAAUUACUGAUGCUUUCACUACUUUAGGUAUACCUGAGGACGAUGUUGAGUCAGCGUUGGAAUCCUUGAAUAGUGGUGUCAAAGGGUUUCUGGAGCAACUGAAGGUCCUGGCAGAGAAAAGCAAAAUCAGAGAAAUGAAACAGCUUGGACUCUUGGAGAUUUUCGGCUCGUCCGAUGAAUUGGACAUGAACCUUUUGAAGUCCACAAGAGUGGUAGAGCUGAAAUCUCUAUUAGGCCAAUUGGGUUUGAGUGCUUUUGGCUCCAAAGCCGAAUUGAUCAACAAGGUUAUCGUCUUCAUUAAUAAGAUGCGCCGGUUGAGUGAGCACUAUUCGAAUGCUUUGAAUACUGGGAAACCAACUGAAAAUGGGCUUCCUAUCGGCGAUGUAGAAAACCGCCCUAAUGUGGACCUGCACAAUGUUGAGGUAAAACUGGAAGUUGAGGAAAGCAGUAUAAAGAAGUUAGUAUCUAGGAAGAAGAUACUCGAUAAUGAAGAAGUUAUCUCUGAUUAUGAUCUUACUCCCAGCUCAUUGGCCACUAAAGAAGCGGAAAAUGCGGUAUCAGAUGGUGAUGAGGACGACGAAAACCAUACUUUGGUCCGACGAAGGUUGAGAUCAGGGAGUACAACUAGGGGCAAAGUAGAAAACCCGGAUGGUGACGAAUCACGUUUCGAUAUGAAACGCGGUAGAGAAUCGAUUAGCAAUACUACAACAAAGGUGAAACUGGAAGAGGGGCCCAGCGAUGAGAUGGCUGACCAGCUAGAUGUAGAUGAGAAUGUAACUGACAUAAAAGUUAAAGUGGAACCAGUAAACGCAAUUUCUAACGUGUACAAGCCUUUGAAAGGGCGUAUCAAAAGGGAAAUUGUAGAUCAAAAGAAUGUGAAAGCUCUUUCCUCCGCAUCCGAUGAAACUAUCUGCGAGGGAAGCGUGCUUCACGAAAUGGUCUGGGACCGCAUAGUGAUCGAUGAGGCACAUAGGAUCAAAACUAAAUCUAACUCAACGUCUCAGGCUAUAAUACGUCUGAGAUCAUCCGGAGCCAGGUGGUGCCUGACGGGUACGCCUCUACAAAAUAGGGUUGGCGAUGUUUUCAGCCUUAUAAGCUUCCUCAAAAUGUACCCUUUUGCGUAUAAUUUCUGUGCCAAGUAUGGUUGUAAUUGCGAGUGCACCGAGUUCUCCUGUUCGGACUUCAAGUACUGUGACUUCUGUGGCCACUCGCGGGUUCUACACUACUCAUACUUUAACAAGCGCCUUUUGAAACCCAUUCUUAACUGCGGAUAUAGCAACGAAGGUCAGGUGGCGAUGAAAGCACUACACAACGAUGUCCUUGGGAAGAUCAUGCUUAGAAGGACUAAGGCAGAGAGGGCGAAGGACGUGAAUCUACCACCUAUGCACGUGACCAUACGGAGGGACGCGCUCUCCGAUUUCGAACGAGACUUCUACGAAGCUCUUUACAAACAGUCAGCCAUAAAAUUCGACACCUAUGCUCGCUCGGGCACGCUGCUCCACAACUAUGCGCACAUAUUCGACCUACUUACGAGGUUGCGACAGGCAGUGGACCAUCCGUACUUGAUUCUGUAUGGCCCUUCUUCGCUAGCAAUGAAGGCAAGCAGCGCACCAGAUCCGAAGACAAAGGCGGAACUCGAGGCGACCGUUAGUGAGAGCCUACCGGCAGCGGGAAACGAGCGCAGCUGUGGACUUUGUUUUGAUAAGUUGACGGAUAGCGAUGAAUUCUGCACCUCAAACUGCAAACAUUCCUUUCAUCAGCCCUGCCUCAACGAUUACCUCCAAAGCAGGCCUGAUGACGUCACCGGUGACGAUAACAAUGUUGUGACCUGUCCCACAUGUUACGCAGCCCUGACUAUCAAGAUCCGUCAUACCCCUCAGGUGGAGGAAUAUUCGCCCGGCAGAGCUGAUAGCGAUGCGGUACCACACGGCACAUCCAAGCAUAGCAUCCUGCAACACAUUAAACUGAGCGAGUUCAAGUCCAGCACCAAAAUUGAGGCGCUGUUCGCGGAAAUUUCUGAGAUACUCACUACAACCACCGAUAAGUGCCUUGUGUUUUCGCAGUAUUGCUCGAUGCUAGAACUUAUAUCAUUCCGCCUCAAGACGGCACAGGUGCAGUGUGCCGUGCUGUCAGGGUCCACAAGCCUUGAAGCUCGUCGUAACAUGCUGCUGGAGUUCAACAACAAUCCCAAUUUGCGAGUUAUGCUUAUUAGUCUUAAGGCCGGUGGCGAGGGUCUCAACCUUCAGAUCGCCAAUCGCAUUUUUUUAAUGGACCCCUGGUGGAACCCCGCAUCCGAGCUUCAGGCCAUUCAGCGUGCCCACCGUAUAGGUCAGACAAAACCUGUGUAUGCAGUGCGGUUUAUCUGCAAGGACACGAUCGAAGAACGUAUCAUUGAGCUACAGGAAAAGAAGAUGAUAGUUUUCGACGCAACCAUAUCUUCAUCAUCAGAAUCCAUGACCAAGCUGAGCUCGGAGGAUCUUUCUUUCUUGUUCAAGCGAUGA